AUGUCCCGCAUCUGGCUCAUCACCGGCGCCUCCUCGGGAUUUGGCCUCGAGUUGGCCCGCGCUGCUGCCCGCCAAGGUGAUCGUGUUCUGGCUGCCUCACGAACCCCCGAGAAGCUCAAUGCACUGGUCUCGUCAGACAAGGUGAAGCCAGUCUACCUCGACCACAACCAGCCGCUCUCUCAAAUCCAGUCCGCUGUCAGGGACAUACUUGCCGUCCAUGGCACGGUCGACAUCGUCGUCAACAAUGCUGCAUACGUCCAGACCGGUAUGCUCGAGGAGGUCUCCCCGGAAGACACUUUACGCCAGUUCCAGGCCAACACCCUCGGUCCCCUGAACCUCUACCGUGCGCUGCUCCCUCAUCUCCGUGAUAAAGGCUCGGGUACUUUGGUCACGAUUGGCUCCAUGGCUGCCUGGUACCCCAUGUCUGGUUGCAACCUGUACAAUGCCUCCAAGGCGGCCUUGCGCUGUACCACCGAUGCCAACUUUGCUGCGUUCCAUGGUGCUCAGCUCGGUGACCCGGUCAAGGGAGCUCAGAUCAUCUAUGAUGUGGUCACGUCCUCCGGAGCUGCAGCGGGGAGGAAGUUGCCGGAGUUGCUUCCUCUGGGAAGUGAUGCCAGCGAGGAGAUCUCGAAGUCUGCAUCCGGGACAUUGGCAUCUGUGGAGGAAUUUAAAACCAUCAGCGCAUUGAGUGACAUUCCCAAAGCGUAA